CUCUGUUCCCUCUCUCAACCUAAGGUACAGAACCGCCAAAAUACAUUAAAAAAAUCGCUAUUCCAGUUCUAACCGAAAAUGUAUUGUGGAGUGUAGAGCCUUCUACUUCGGUAUUUAGUAGGUAACUGCAGAGAUACAACAUCUCGGGUUUUAAUUGAACUGAAGUACUUUAUUUACUCAAAACGCUACAAUCUUAUCACAAUAUUAAUUUUCAUCAACUUAAGUCGUUGUUUUUUUUCAAUAAUGAACUCGGCAGUAAGCAAUAAAUCGCGAACGUUGUUGAUCAACGUUAUAAAACAUUUGAAGAAUCAGAGUAUAAAAAAUUUCAGUGUGGGAUCUGCUUCAAAUAUGAGAUUUGUGCAAUACCGACUAAAAAAAGGUGGACAACAACAUCUUGGGGCUCAAUUAACAUCUUCUGGUGACAUAAUUGAUAUCAGUGCCGUAGAUCAUUCAAUACCUAAUAGUUUAGUGGAGUUUUUAGGACAAGGGUGUGGAAUAUAUGAAAAAGCCAAAAGAAUCGUUGGAGAAAGUAAAUCAGUAACUCCUCUCGAAAAUGUAGAUCUUCUAUCUCCAAUAACAAAACCAGAUAAAGUAGCGUGUGUUGGAUUGAAUUACAGUGGUCAUUGCGAGGAACAAAAUAUACCUCACCCCAAGGAACCUAUGAUUUUCAGUAAAUUUUCAUCAGUUAUUGUGGGACCUAAUGAUAACGUACAAAUUCCACCUAUAACAGAUUGUGUUGAUUGGGAAGUAGAAUUGGCAGUAGUAAUUGGUAAAAAAGCGAAAGCUAUCAGACAAGAUCAAGCUAACGAUUAUAUUUUCGGUUAUACUGUAGCACAAGAUAUCAGCGCGAGAGACUGGCAGAAAAAGAGAAACAACGGUCAGUUCUUACUAGGAAAAUCCAUGGAUACUUUCUGUCCAUUAGGACCUGUUGUGGUUACAAAAAAUAAAGUUAAUCCUAAUAAUUUGUCUAUAAAAUCUUGGGUGAAUGGAGUACUUAAACAAAAUGGAAAUACGUCAGAAUUGAUCUUUAAAAUCGAUUUCUUAGUAUCGUAUCUAUCUCAGAUAGUAACUUUAUACCCUGGAGACGUUAUUCUAACAGGCACACCUGCGGGAGUUGGUACGCAUAGAAAUCCUCCGGAAUAUUUGAAGAAAGGAGAUGUACUGGAAAGUGAAAUCGAGGGUAUUGGCAAAAUGAGAAACGUCAUUGUUUAACCUUCACCUUGAUGCAUUUAUGAAUAUUUACACUACGCUUUUCUUAAUUAUUAUAUAUAAAGUGAUAUAUUUUGGCAUUUUAACCCUAAAAUUUUUUUAUAUAAAACAUACUGUACUAAUAAAAACAGACUCGAGGCCUUGA